AAGGCUCAUAGACGCGACGAAUAUCGUGCCACUCGCCAUGCGGCAAGCCCUGGGGAAAUCGGACUCCCAAGCAAACGAUUUUACAGGCAGAGAGCCCACGCGAAUGUGUUUUCGGACCAUGCUUUGAGCUAUCCAGAGAAACCUGAAGCCUGGAACUGGAGGGAGUUGUAUCCAGGUGUCGCGCAGGUUGGACAGGAAGUGCAGAGUGCAGAAGAUAGUCCUCAAAAUGGCGAAAAUAUUACACCAGCUGCCUACAGAGGGGUCGAGAUUGCCGACAUAGGUUGUGGAUUCGGAGGAUUGCUAUUUGCGCUAUCACCAUUGCUUCCGCAGACUUUAAUACUAGGGUUGGAAAUCCGCUCCUCCGUCACCGAGUUCGUCCAAGAGAAGAUCCGCGCUCUCCAAGGACAAGCCCGCAAGGGCGACCCCACCAGCUCGACCGAGACGGAAACGGAAACGGCCACACUGACGCCCUAUCAAAACAUCGCCUGCAUCCGGAGCAACACUAUGAAAUUCAUGCCCAACUACUUCGGCCGCGGCCAGCUGUCGAAAAUCUUCCUCUGCUUCCCCGACCCGCACUUCAAGCACCGCAAGCACAAGGCUCGCAUCGUGAGCCCGACGCUCGCGGCCGAAUACGCGUAUGCGCUGCGGGUGGGCGGGGUCGUGUAUACGAUUACCGACGUGGAGGAUCUGCAUCGGUGGAUGGUGGACGGGUUCAGUGCCAACCCGCUGUUUCGGCGGCUGGGCGAGGAGGAGCUGGAGGGGGACGAGUGUGUGCGGGUGAUGAAGGCGGAGACGGAGGAGGGGAAGAAAGUGGAGCGGAAUGGAGGGACGAAGUGGGUGGCGUGCUUUCAGCGACUGGAAGAUCCCCCGUGG